AUAUGAAGAAAAUAGCAAGAUCAAGAGUUGCAAUGUGCACAUAAUGGCACCCCUUGUCAAAGGAAGAGUCCACAAAUAUUGCAAGGUCCACUGGCCUUCCAUUUCUUGGUCCACACAUAUAUAAAGCAGUGGGAAAGAAAGUUACGGUGUUGGCGUCGCUUAAGCUUUCAAGUGCGACACUUCGAAGAAGAAAAAAGAGGCCAAGUCCUCUUCACUCGACUGCGAUUGAGAAAGUUUUAUGGUAAUGGAUGCACCAAACCCUUCUUCUUCCGGAGGAGCUUCUUCAUUCCUCGCCAAUCUUCCCUCUCGAGGCCACUUCUCGUCCACCGUCAUCUCUUCCAAUCCGGGCGGGAUGCGGGUUUAUGUGUGUGACCAUGAUUCCUCACCACCAGAAGGUCAACAUAUUAAGACAAACCAACAGAACAUACUGAUUAGAUCACUCACACUCAAGAAACAAAGGGGUGAUUCCAGCUCAAAGGAUGGAUCUGAUGGUUCAAAAAAGAGGACUGCUGAGAAGGUUUUGGAUAGCAGAGCUUCAGCCAAGAAAACAAAUAGUCAAAUAAACUCUCGACAAGAGGGAUCAAACAGUCAAACACCCAGUAGGGACUUCCACACCCUGACUGUAGAGAGGCUUCGAGCUCUUUUGAAAGCCAGAGGUCUUUCAACCAAAGGAAAGAAGGAGGAGCUUAUUGCACGUCUAAAAGAUGCAAAUGGUUAAGCGUAGCAUGGUGGAAGGAAUACGCUCCUCAUUAAGCAUCCAGUGUACGAGUAGUUAGUGUAUAAUGUAACUUAGGAUCUGGAACCUAAUAUUGAUAUAAACCUAGUGAAAUUGAAGUUGCAGUUGAUUAUUAUCGUUUUGGUUCUACUGUAUGAUGAGUUUUGGCAUUAUGUUUCGUUUUUUGUGUGUAUCAUAGAGGUCAAUUGCACGAUUAGUUCAUCAAUGGUGGCUUCCAAGUUGCAUUCCCUUUCUUCAAUCGUUUAUAAUCAUUAAAAUUAUAUGUUCUUCAAAAUUUGUGUGCCAGCUUUUAUGUCACUUUUCCUUUUCUAUUCCAUCUCUCGUUAAGUUAGACGUGAUGAGGUUAUAUGUUAACCUUUAUUACUGUGUUUUCCUGCAUUAUGAAUAACAGUGUCGAGAUUUGUUUGCAUUUAUAGGGUUUUCAUUCAGACCGAAUUCAAAAAAUUUCAAAUAGCAAGGUCAUAUGAACCUUGUUCGUCUCAUCUUGACAAGUAUUAAACAAGUUUUUUCAAAAUUUAUGAAUGUCAAUAGAGAGAGAUGGAUACAAUUUUCAAAUAACAAAAUUGUGAUCGAUUCAAUUAAUAGUAGUGUAUUUUAGAGUGUUAAAAUAUUGCAUUGUUAGCACUCUUCUGAAAGGGGAAAAUCUAUCAUGUUUCAAAGUGGAUUAAGUGGUCAUUAUUUUCAAGUGCGAAAAUUGUAAUCUGCAAUGUUAAGAUCAAUAUUUAUGUCUCUUGUGAGGCCGUGCAUUAUAUGAACUGCUGUUUCAUAUUACACAGAAGGAAAAUAUGACAUCAACCAGUUUGGAAUGGCAAAGGUACAGGAAAUUGACAAAAAUAGCAGAAGAGACAAGAAUGGACUAACUUCCUUGUCUGCAUGUUAAUGUUCUUAUAAUCAAUUUUUCAGAACUAGUUGUAACAAAAAAUUCAGAAUUAAUUGAAAGAAGUACUAAUCAUUUUCAUAUGUUUGACGUCGUGCACUAAUAUAUAAUAUAAUUAAAAUGGGCUUCUCAAUGUAAAAGAUUCUUUAAUCCCCAUGGGGUUUGAAAAGGAUAGAUGUGCGUAUCCACUUAUAGAGGGGAAGGCUUCGAAUCCUUUGCGUCCAUCUCUGACCGCCACUGGUAUAAAUAUUUUUUUUGUUCGAGAGUCGCAGGUAUAAUUAACGGGGCAAGCAUCACCUAUUAGACAAGAGUUGAAACAUAUUGACAUGCACGGGUCCAUUAUCAUGACUUGAUGUAGAUUUUUUUAUACGGAUAACGUUUAAGGAUUUGUAGUAAAAAAAAGUAAGAAAGAUUUUAUGAAAAAUAGUAUUAAUUUAUAUUACGUUUAUAGUAUAUAUGUAAUUUGACACGUGUCAAUCUUUUUUUCUUUGCCCUCUAAUGUGAGGGAGAAUAAAUUUUAUGUUUGGAGGAAUAGCUUUUCACAUUCGAGCUACUCCUACCCUUCCUUAUCUACAUCUUAACGGAGUAAACAAUUAAAAUAGUCCUGAGAUUAUAUAGUUCAGGUAUUUGAAUUUCUGAAAUUUUAAAAUAUUGCCAGUUUCCAACUUAACGAAAAGUCAUUCGUUCAAGUCUUUUUAACUUUAGCUUUUACUAGUAGCAUUUUACACCAAAAAAUCUAUCAUGAAUGACAUUUUGUAGUUAAAAGCUAAUGGAGAGUAAUUAAAAUUUCAAGAAGUAAAAUAUACAACUUGUAUAAUCUUGAAAACUAACUCAAGAAUUUAGUCUCAACAAAGCAUCCGCAUAACUAUGGAUGUAUUUUAAAAAUACAAUGACAAUUAGCAGCAUUAUUACCAAAUGCCUAGUAUGACCACGAAUUUCGAUUCUGUUAUAAUGAAAACUGGACCGUUGAGUUGAAAUUCGUUUAAUUAAAUUUUAUUCAAGUAAAUUUAACAAAAUAACAGAAAACUUACAAAUUCACAUAAAUUAAUAAAAUUUGCUUAAACAAUUUACCAAUAUACAUCAAGUUACUCACUUUCUUUUUCUCCUCUUCGAAUCCCUUUCUAAUGUUAUCCUUUUUGAGCACCAUUUCAUCAACAUCAUUUCUGUAAUGAUUCACUUGACAAAGCAACUCUUUAUUUUCCUAUUCACUUUCCUUUGUUUUCAUCUUUUAAGGUUUAGGGUUUAGAUGCUAAUAGAUUUGAUUGAAUGAAUUUUUUUGACAUAAACUAAUUUUGCGAAUUUUUUAUUUUAUUUUGUAAAAUUCACUUAAGUAAAUACAGAAUUUUGAUUGGACAGUCCAAUUCUUACUUGGAGAGAAUCCGAAUCCGUAAGAACACACCAAAUUCCAUAUUAAAAGUAUCAAUUAGUUUCUAUUCAAAUUAAGGAAGAGGAGAACUAGCAUAGAGCAUUCAAUGUUUACACUUCACUGUUCUUGGAAAUACCCUAAGAGAACAAACGCAUUUGAUUUAUAUACUCUUAUCGGCGAGUGACAAACUGAUCAUUCAAACACAUUUACAGAAGCAUCAUUCCAUCCAAACAGACAUUUCAAUAAACAUGCGCAGUGUGAAACAUUCAAAUUAUUGCUAACCCAUCAAAAUUAGAGCCAUGAAUUUGUUUUAAAUCAUUACUAUCAGAGACAACUAAGUGUCUGAUGGCCGAGAGGAGAACAAAUUGAUAAUUAUACAUCUAAGUCAAUACAGUAAAACGUAGCUUCUUGAAGUGCAGUGGCCACACGAGAUACUUUCCAUACCUCAAAAAGCGACAAGGUAGAUCUCUAAUCCAUAACAUUAAUAUAUCAUUAUGAAGAUCAUAACUGAUGCUACAAAAGCUUUAGCUCAUCGCUCUUGGCUCAUAUUACCAUACUGGAAUAGGUGAUAAGAAUAGUAGAUGAGAAUCAAUAGAUACAGAUAUGGUUGAAGGACUCCAAAAAUGAGCUAGGAGCCAUCAGAAUUCUUGGUCAAUAUACUCGGCUGAUACUCUACCCCCC